AUGCUCCGCGCGCUCAACAAUGACAACAACCAGGAGUUCAGGGAGUCAGUUGCCAAGGUCUUGGAUGAAUCACACCUUGACCAUCUUGUCAACAGCCUUGACACCGUUCUGGGCGCUGCUCCUACGCCGUUCUCUGCGCCUGUGCAAUUGAUCAAAGAGAAGCUGAAGAUAUGUGAGGGUGCCUACCACAAGCUCUCUGCAAUCAUCCCCAGUCCAUAUUUCCUGCCAAGACUGAACCUCUCCCAACACUCUUUGCCCUCAAACUAA